CAAAAACGUAUGUUCAAAUUUGACCAAUAUAAAAAAUGUUAGUGUCAUAUCAUGGGGAUAAACAGUAAAUGAAUAAAUUACAGAUUCAUAUAUUUAUUAAAGGCACACGUCACCAGAUUUUCUUUGGAGUAGAAAAUAUUUCAUACCAACUAUAGUUAAUUGAUAUUAUAUUCCUAGAUAGAAAGAAGAUUCAAAGAAAAAGGAAAUAAAAUUUUGAAAGAAUUAGUGUAGAGAGUGUAUAAAGUUUGCAUCCUGGUCACAGGUUUAGAAUUCAAAAAGGCAUCAACAUGACGACAACAAACAGACAUGGCUACCCUGUUCAGGACACUGCGAAACACUGUGUAUAGGUUAUCACAUAGAGGGAAGAAAAAAAGAAAUAAGACAAAACAUGUUAAAAAUGAUGCAGAUGAUAUUGAUAGUCCGAGAAACGAAGCGCGCGAGUUAAUUGACGACACGAAAGAUACAGAAAUUACAGUGGAACUGCACAAUUCAGAUGAAAUAGAUAAAAAGAAAAUGAAUAAAGAAGAAACAGAUCAUAGUUUUGAAGAUGACAUUAAGUCAGAAGACCAAAAUACAAAAUCAAAAAAGAAAUUCAAGAUGAAAGACAGAAUAAGUGAUGCUUUGUCAAAUCCUGACUUUGAACACUGUGAACCAGAAAUUUGUGUGAAAAUGAUGCACGUUCCAACAAUUAAAACGGUUACAUUAUUGAAAAAGAAAAUUAAACAAAAUGAUAAAAUCUGGACCCGUGGAUUUCUAGAAGCUGAGGGUUUAUCCGUGUUAUUAGAUUGUGUUGACACUUUAAGUAGUGGUCGUGUGACACAGCUCGCCGAUGCUUUAUUACUUCUAGAAGUUGUUGACAGUAUUAAGGCAGUGGUCAGUUCUAAACUUGGUUUGGACUAUCUGGUGAAAGCUGAAAAUGAUACAAAAAAACUUAUUAAAGCCUUAGAUACCAACAAUGUUAUGGUAAAGAAACAAGUUUUCGAGUUGUUGUCUGCUCUAUGUGUAUAUUCCAAAGAAGGAUAUGAUUUGACAAUAGAGGCACUAGAUAGUUUCAGAACAUUAAAGAGACAGCGUUACAGAUUUAGCUUGAUAGUAAACGAACUGAAAACUGCUGAGUUAAUACCAUAUAAAACAACGCUUGUGGCAUUUGUGAACUGCAUCUUGGUAGCAACUGAAGAACUAGAAGACAGAAUACGAGUCAGGAAUGAAUUUAUUGGUUUGAACUUGCUUGACCUCAUCCAUAAUCUCAGGGACGAAGAUGACGAAGAUCUUCAGAUUCAGUGUGAUGUUUUCGAAGAUGAAAAACACGAGGAUGAAGAAGAAUUAUCAGAAAACACCCCGGAAGGAUUGGAUAUUACUGAUCAUCAUAAAAUCUUUACUGCCAUUUUCCAAAAGGUAUAUAACACACCUCAAGCAGAUUCAUUUUUAAGUGUUCUCCAGUCCCUUAUUCAAAUUGAUCCAGAAAAUCCAGUAAGUGAUGUACAGUGGAAUUUAAUCCAGACUUCAGUGAGGAAAGCUAUUUUAGUGGAUAAAACUCAUAUUGGUUGUGAUAUCAAAUCGCUGGUUGUGAAUGUUGUGAAUCCAUUUGAAAGACAACAAUCAAAUAUAGUCACGUGCUCAAAAAGUGUACAAACGGAAAACAUUGAAUUGCCUUCAGUAAAACAAAGUGAUCUUAUAAUUUCACCAUCAACUGGAGAAAAUGAACCUCUAAGGAUAAAUCAAAAGACAAAUGGACUAAUGAAUGGUUCAUUAAAAUCUUCUAGUACUGCAAGCAUUCAGAAACCAUUGAAUGGUCAUGUGACUUCGAAUCAUCGAACAGAUAGUGUAGAGACUAAUGACUGUAGUAGUUUAAGCAAUAGCGAAAAACAUUCUUCGUCGUCUUCAUCAAGUUCAGAAGAUGAAGACGAAGGUAACAAGUUGAAAAAGUCAAACAAAUCUGCAACGAAUUCAAAUCAAAAUGGACAUAACAACGAAAACAAAAACAAUGCAACUACAUUUUCAUCUGGCAGCAUCCAACCUCCCUCUUCUACUUCACAAUCUCAGGCUGCAAUGCCUCCACCACCACCGCCGCCACCUCCUCCUCCGCCUGGAAUGACUACGGGAAUUCCAGCUGCACCUCCACCACCACCUAUGCCAGGAGUGCCAGGAAUUCCAGCACCGCCACCUCCACCUCCGCUCCCAGGAAUGCCAGGAAUUCCAGCACCGCCACCUCCUCCACCACUUCCUGGAAUGCCAGGAAUUCCAGCACCGCCACCACCACCACCUCUUCCUGGAAUGCCAGGGAUUCCAGCGCCGCCACCUCCACCACCACUACCUGGAAUGCCAGGAGUUCCUCCACCACCACCGCCUCCUCCUGGAAUGCCUGGAGUUCCACCACCGCCUCCUCCACCACCCGGAGUAGAUGGAAAGAUAAGAGCAGUACCAGCACCGCUCUCAUUUGCAAAUACAAUGCCUGCACCAAGAGGAAUAUGGACACCAACACCGAAACACAAGAUGAAAACAUUUAAUUGGACAAAAGUUCCUGCUCAUACAAUUGCUUCUCAUAAGAAUAUUUGGAAAGAAGUGCUCGAUAUGGAAGAUGCUAUUCACAUAGAAUAUGAAACUAUCGAAAAGUUGUUCAGCAAACAACAACCGGUGACCGUCAAGCCCGUCGAACAAAAGAAAACAAAGCAGAAAACGGAGGUUUUACUUCUGGAUAUGAAGAAAAGUAUGAACGUGAACAUCUUUUUGAAACAAUUUAAAUGCAGCCAUUCUGAGAUAGUAGACAUGAUUGUAGAGGCAGAUGUUAAUAAGAUUGGACAGGAACGUUUAAGGGGCUUACAAAAAAUCCUACCGGAGGCUGACGAUAUUGCAACUGUCAAAGACUACGACGGUGAUAAACAAAAGCUUGGAAAUGCGGAGAAGUUCUUUUUGACGUUGUCAGGUUUGGCAGCUUUCAAGUUGAGGAUCGAUGGUUUAGUACUUAAAGAUGACUUUAAACUGACAUGUGAUUCUCUGCGACCAAAUAUAGAGACAUAUAUAAGAGCCUGUGAACAUCCGUUAGAUAACGAAUCAUUUAAAGUGUUUUUACGCUUUGUUUUACACACGGGGAAUUUUCUGAACGCUGGUGGAUACGCUGGAAAUGCAGUUGGUUUCAAAAUUAAUUCUCUAAAUAAACUGAUGGACACACGUGCAAAUAAACCGAGGGUGACAUUGUUACAUUUCAUGGUGGCUGAGGCUACAAAAGAAAAUAAAGAUGCUUUGGUUUUUGUUGACGAGAUGUAUCCUGAUCUUAAUAGUGCAGCUAGAUGUUCAAAAGAUAAUCUGACCUCAGAGCUGAAGCAGUUAAAGGAUAGUGUACACAAACUGCACAAACAGCUGAAAGGUGCUCCUGAUGACGUGAAAAAUCAACUUAAAACAUUUGUACAGGAUGCAGAAGAAGAAAUAAAGCAAAUGGAAAAGGGAAUGAAAAAGAUCUCAGAUUUGUCAAAAAAAUUAGCAAGUCAUUAUUGUGAAAAUGAAAAGUCAUUUAAAGUUGAAGAAUUGGUAGAAACAAUGAAAACUUUCUGCUCUAAAGUUCAGCAGUGUCAGAAGGAAAAUGAGCAACGACGCAUCCAGGAAGAAAAAGCAGAGCGAAGAAGAAAACAGCAAGCUGAAAUGGUUCAAAAACAUAAAAAUGCUAAGCACGAACCACUACCAAAGGACGACGAUGGCUGCAUAAUUGACAGACUACUGACAGAUAUAAGAAAAGGAUAUAGUUUACGUAAGACAUCUCCAGGAAAAUCUAGAGGAAAAUCUCCUGGAUCUAAAUUAAAUACGCAGAUACCUUCAACACCAGAGGAAAUGGAAGUGAAAAUUACCGAUUCUCAAGCUUGAAUAUUUAUACCACUGUACCAAAACAUUACCGAUUCUCAAGCAUGAAUAUUUAUAUCAAUGUACCAAAAAAAAAAAACGAUUCUCAAGCUUGAAUAUUUAUAUCAUUGUACCCAAAAAUUAUUAAUUAUUGCAAGCUUUGUAAAACUUUCUUCAUUAAAGCUUAUUCCUCAGGAAGAAAAACUCGUAAAUAUUUUGAAUAUUACUGUCAGUGCAAUAUUUAGAAUUACGCAAGUCAGACACAAAAACUUUUAUAUUUAUACUCAUUUUGUUUUUUAAAAAUAAAAUGACAUAAGAAAUGAAAUGCGGAAAAGUAUUUUGAAAUAGGUUCAAACUGAUGCGUUUGUACUGUUCAAAAAAUUGUCAUCAAUUUAAUAAAUUGUACAAAUCAUUAUUGCCGAUUGACAAAUAUUUCCUUUCAAAAUUUAAUAACAAGUUAUAUAAUAUUUAGAGAUGACUGUCUUUAAUAUUUCCCUCUUAUUAAAAAUCUUUUUUAACCAUUAUGUAUGACUUUGUAUAUUUUAUAUUGCUAAUUUUGCUGAUAAAAAACCAAUACUUGUAUUUAUACAUCUCUUAUAUGCCGGUGAUUAAUUCAAAAUAAAAGAUUUUUUUUUAUA